GGCCGUCGUGGUCCAGCCUCGUCAGUGUGACUUUAUCCGUGUUGCCAGCUGCCCUUCCUCAGGACGCGGGCUGUGCUACGAAAAAAAGAACCCUCAAUGUGGACUAAAAUGAAUUAUAAACUAUUAACACUUCUCUACGUCAUCGCUCUGAGUAACAGGGAGUCUGUCGGCCAAAAACCAGAGAAACCGGAUUCGUCUCUGGUCCAAGCCGCCGCCAGAGCAGAUUGGGACACCGUCAUCCACCUCAUAGAAACCGGGACGGAUCCAAACGAGAGUAAUAAUGCAGGUACGACUGCACUGACUUGGGCUGCGCAUCACGGCCAGCUGGAGGUCUGCAAAUUGCUGCUGAAACACGGGGCUAACAUCGACCAUAAGAAUAACCAUGGUUCCUCAGCUUUGUCCUUUGCUGCCAGACGGGGUUACGCGGAACUCACCAAAAUGCUCCUUGACGCGGGCGCAGACGUCAAUAUUACGACGAACAGUGGUGACUCGCCGCUGACCUGGGCUGUCUACAGAAAUCAUUCCCAAGUCACUGCCAUGCUGGUCGCCGCCGGUGCCGACAUAAACCAUGCUAACAAUGAAGGCCUGACAGCGCUGUCCCUGGCGGCGUCUCACGGCUUCGUGAACAUCACCCGCCUGCUGCUCCGAGCCAAGGCCAGCACGGACGUCGUCGACACAGCGAACCGCUCUCCGCUGUACCUGGCGACGGAGAGUAACUACACAGAGGUGGUCUCCCUUCUGCUGUAUCGGUGCCCUAAUCUCCUGCUUAUGGAUAACUUGCACAGAACGGCGCUGGACGUGGCAGACAUCGAAGGCUUCACUCGCAUUUCCGAACUCAUAAAAGCCCACCAGGAUCAAAAGUGCGUCCUGGGCAAUCACAAGUAUUCCCACAAGGACGUCGUCACACGUGGCUGUUACAUCAUGGAGUGUCACUGCAGCGGGGACUGGAUGGUGAAGCCACGCCCACAUCCUGACUGCGAUCACAAGAGCGUGAGCGGCAGAGCGGCCAAGGCGGUGAAGGUCGGAAUUUGGAUCAUCGUUGCCUUGGCUAUCCUGCUGGUGGUCGGUGUGAGCGUCCACGUCGUGAAGCGAACGCGGUACUAAAGGGAGGCUGUUGUCUCUACCUCCCUUUUCUCCUGUGGAUGUU